CCACCCUCCAAACGACGAAAGACUGGAGCAUCAACACUUGCCGCGGUCGAACAUGCGCUCUCCCAAACAUACGAAGAUGACGAUGCCAUCAGCGUCUCUUCAGAUGGCUUCAGCAGUGCACCGGGCUCACCAGACGAUAGCGAAUACAACAUGCGGGAAGUAGCACAGACACGUUGUCUUUGGCGCGACUGCGACUUCAUGGGAGGAUCGAACAAUGACGACUUGGUCAACCACGUGCAAAGAGCCCAUUGCGCGACCGGGGGUCCUAAAAAGGCGAAAUACACCUGCGAAUGGGGCGAGUGUCAGCGGAAGGCCAUGACACACCCAAGUGGCUAUGCUUUGAAAGCACAUAUGCGAAGCCACACCAAAGAGAAGCCAUACUACUGCCUCUUACCAGCAGAAUGCGACAAGGCGUUUACCCGAUCCGAUGCGCUCAGUAAGCACAUGCGGACUGUGCAUGAGCCUGACCUCAGCAAGAACGCCGCAGCUCCUGAACCGACGCCGACCAGCAGAAAGAGCAUCAAACUGAAACUCGCGAAUGGCAACAAGGCCGCCGCGAAACCCGUCGAGCCUCCCGUCAUCAUUUCCACCGAAGAGCUGCAAAGCUCCGACCCCAGAGACCAGAAUAACAACAUUAGAUAUGUUCCGGCAUUCCACCCGGUCACUGGCCAAGCCGGUUUCAUGAUCCAUUAUCCCGCAGACAUUGUCUUUAGCAGCCGGGAGAGCGACAUGGCCGCGAACGACCUCAUGCGACUGCUCCGACGCCAGCUGCACUGGGCACAAAUGGAAGCUGAUGAGCUGAAGCAAGAAUUAGAGGAAUUAGAACGAAUCAAACGGGAAGAAUGGACCUUGAAAGAAGUUCUGCUUGAGGGCCUUAUGGAUUCGGAG